CUGCCUCAUCCUCCACUGUCACCUUUCUUCCCCAAAUUUCAAUUAAAUCUAGGGUUUCUGCAACUCAAACAAACAAAAUCUGCACAAAUCUCUUCAAUUCAUCUUUAUCUAUACAUGUUUUCAAGCCCUAGCAUCUUAGAUCGAGUUACGUGAUGGAGACGCAAAGGAUCGUCGAGUUUCCGCACCAAAAUUUGGAUAAACGACCGCGAAAACGGCCUCGAUUGGCUUGGGACGUGCCGGAUCAUGUUCCUCCUCAUCCGAAGGUACUUCCAGCUUUGUACUGCGGACAGGAGUUUGUAAAUAGUGUAGUCUCCGUUUUUUCAUACUCUUCAAUAUAUUACAAAGGGAUACCUCACAAUGGUUCCCCUCCAUGGAGACCAGAUGAUAAAGAAGGCCACUAUGUAUUUGCUGUAGGAGAGAAUAUAACUCCUCGAUAUCGGAUAUUGAGCAAAAUGGGUGAAGGUACUUUCGGGCAAGUUUUGGAGUGUUUGGACAAUGAAAAGAAAGAGCCUGUAGCAAUUAAAGUUGUCCGUUCAAUAAACAAGUAUCGUGAAGCUGCCAUGAUUGAAAUUGAUGUUCUACAGAAGCUUGCCAGACAUGAUGUUGGUGGCUCACGUUGUGUGCAAAUACGGAAUUGGUUUGACUAUCGUAAUCAUAUAUGUAUUGUUUUUGAGAAGCUUGGUCCAAGUUUAUAUGAUUUUCUCCGCAAAAACCACUACCGUUCAUUUCCUAUUGAUCUUGUUCGCGAGUUUGGCAGACAACUUUUGGAAUCUUUAGCAUUUAUGCAUGAUCUACGCCUUAUACAUACGGAUUUAAAACCAGAAAAUAUUCUUCUGGUAUCAUCAGAGUAUAUCAAGGUGCCGGAUUACAAGUUUCUCUCAAGAUCAGGAAAAGACGGGUCCUACUUCAAGAAUUUGCCAAAAACAAGUGCUAUUAAGCUAAUUGAUUUCGGGAGUACUGCAUUUGAACACCAGGAUCACAGUUAUGUUGUAUCAACACGUCAUUACCGGGCCCCGGAGGUUAUAUUGGGCCUUGGAUGGAGUUAUCCAUGUGAUUUGUGGAGGGUGGGUUGCAUACUUGUUGAACUUUGCUCUGGGGAGGCUUUGUUCCAAACCCAUGAAAACUUGGAACAUCUUGCCAUGAUGGAGCGCGUUUUAGGGCCGCUUCCUCAACAUAUGAUUAUGAGAGCCGACCGUCGAUCUGAAAAAUAUUUCAGAAAGGGUGCACGGUUAGAUUGGCCCGAGGGUGCAACCUCAAGAGAAAGUAUGAGGGCGGUGUGGAAACUUCCUCGCCUGCAGAACCUUGUAAUGCAGCAUGUGGAUCACUCUGCCGGGGCCCUGAUUGACCUCUUACAGGGGCUCUUUCGGUUUGACCCAUCAGAACGGCUUAAGGCUCGGGAAGCUUUAAGGCACCCUUUCUUCACCGGAGAUAUUAGACGGUACGGGUAUCCUUUGUAAUUGGAAAGUUCUAUGUUAAUAGAAAAAUCUUGAUGUUUAAUAUAGAAACAAAAGCUUUUAAUGAUGGUUUUACCGUUAUACCCACAAAAUCAUCUGAUAAUUAUCUGUGUUUGAAUGUUGGAUGUAUAGUGUGAAUGGUUUUGAUCCGAAAGUUUC